AUGGCUCUCGUCGCCGGCUCCUACGAGCGCUUCAUCUGGGGCUUCUCCCUCAAAACCCUGACCUCCCCCUCCGCCACAGCCACCGGCGCCGGCGCCUCGCCCUCCGAGACGCUCACCCUCGCGCCGCUCUUCUCGUACUCGGCCCACACGGGCCCGGUCCGCUGCGUGGCCGCGGCGCCGCGGGCGGGGCUGGCGGCGUCCGGCUGCGCGGACGACUCCGUCCGCCUCUACGACCUCCCCUCCGCCGCGGACCUCGGCCCGCUGCUGGACCCCUCGGCCGCCGUCUCCGCGCUCGCCUUCUACUCCCGGGGCCCCGUGCCGCGGAACCUCCUGGCCGCCUGCGACGACGGCGCGCUCCUCCUCUACGACGCCGACGGCUUCGCGCUGCUCGCCACGCUCCGCGCCUUCCCGCGCCACGAGGCCGUCGAGGGGCUCGCCGUGCACCCGUCGGGCCGCGUCGCGCUCGCCGUCGGCCGCGCGGGGGCGCUCGCCAUGCUCAACCUCGUCCGUGGCCGCCGCAGCUUCGCUUGCCGCCUCGAGCGCCCCGCGUCCGCGGUCGCCUACGCCGAGGACAGGGACGGCGGGGACCGGUUCGUCAUGGCUGCUGAGGAGAAGGUCAGCGUGCACGACUCCGUGGAUGCCAGGGUUAUUCAUCAGAUGGACUGCGGCAGGAGGGUGCUCGCCAUGGCGCCCGCAAAGAAUGGAGUCCUUUACACUGGAGGCGAGGACCGUUGUGUUACUGCUUGGGAUCUGUCCAGCGGCAAGGUCUCCUCACGCAUUGAGGGUGCUCAUGCAACUCGUGUAAAAGGGGUUGUUGUUUUCGAUAAUCGCAAGGGUGGAUCAGAGCUCUCCAAUAUAAUUGCUUCUGCUUCGUCUGAUGGUGUCAUAAGGAUAUGGGACAUUCGGACAAUUGGGAAUGGAAAGCCUACUCCAUUAGCAGAGGCUAAUACAAAAGCAAGGCUAACUUGUCUUGCUGGAACGUCACUGAAAUGUAAGUCACAGAAACUUCAUAAUGUAUAUUCUUUUGCUUGUGUAUUGAAAGAAUAA